CGAGCCGAGGGCGGGGCCGGGGGCGGCUGCGGCGAGCGAUGGCGGCGGCGGCUGUGAGAGGCGCCAAGCAGAGCCUGCGGGCCGAGCUGAAACAGCGUCUGCGGGCGCUGAGCGCCGAGGAGCGGCUACGCCAGUCGCGCCUACUGACGCAGCAGGUGAUUGCCCACAGUCAGUAUCAAAAGUCCACAAGAAUUUCCAUCUUUCUGAGCAUGCAAGAUGAAAUCGAGACAGAAGAGAUUAUCAGGGACAUUUUCCAACAAGGCAGGACCUGCUUUAUCCCUCGGUACCAGUUCCAGAGCAAUCACAUGGACAUGCUGAGAUUAGCAUCACCCGAGGAAAUCUCUUCCCUUCCCAAAACCUCCUGGAAUAUUCCUCAGCCUGGUGAGGGUGACGUUCGGGAGGAGGCCUUGUCCACAGGGGGACUUGAUCUCAUCUUCGUGCCGGGUCUCG